AUGGACCGCAAAGACCGCGCCGCAUCCUCCGGGGACAUCGAACGUAUUCUCGAGGAUGUCGUCAUCCCGCCAAUUUUGCUGCGCCAAACCGCAUCAAGAAGAGAUCCAGGGUCAACACGAUGGUCUUCCAUCACAGCUGGACCAUCUGGUCUAUCAGCUGCUCGAGAAGUGGCUCGCGAGGGUGGUGGACGGUCGUACAGUAUAGCAUACGGCGCAACGGCCAGGGCGUCGCCACGAAGCUCAAUUCCUCGACCUACUAGCUUCGAGUCCACGAAACAGGCAUCUAGCGAACCAGCCCGCACCCCUCGACCGAUCAGCGGAAUCACUCCCGCUGAGCCAGCCACGCCCUCGCCCCGCACUUCCUUUUUCCGCUCCGGUGGCUUCAAUUCUCCCAAACAGGCACCCGACGAGUCCCGCCCGUCUAGACGCUCAAGCGGUUCCACCCCGAACGGAUCCACCCCGAACGGUUCCACCACCACUCCGCCCGGAAACUCCUUCCUCCAGCCCAGCAGCCUCACCUCCCGCCGCCAAGCCGCCAAAGGCGCUCGCACCCCCCGCCCCCUCAGCAACCUCCUCUCCCCCGCCGAGCCUCGCACCAAUUCCGCACGCAGCUCCCUCCUCUCCCCCCGCACCUUCGCCCCUCCAAGACACAGCCCGCUCUCCCCGGGCCCUCUCAGCGGCGUGACCCCCGACGAGCGAGUUGUCCGGAACCGCCAAAAGUCCGUCGCCUUCGCCAGCAGCACCGACGCCGCGGACGAGCACCCGCAGCAGCAAUGGCGCCAACCGGGCCUGCGCAGCCGCCAAAACAGCCGCAAGCCCUCGACCGCAUUGCUCAGUCCGUCCAGCGCCUCGUUCGUCAGCCCGACCACCGCAGCCGCCCCCCAGCGGCGCCCAAUCAGCGGCAUCGCGCCGCACGACCCCGUGCUCCCGCCGACGCCGCACACCAUCCGCAACGGCAACAGCAACAGCAACCGCGCCAGCCGCCAGAAGUCCGUCGGCUUCCCCACGAGCUUCCGUGACUUCGCGUUCGGCGCGGCGGAGCAGCCCGUGUCGCCGUCUGCGGCGGCGGAUAGGAGUGGCAGCGGUGGCAGCGGUGGUGCGAGGCGCAAGUCGUCGUCGAUGCGGAUCACGCCGGCGGACGAGCAGCGGACGAGGGGCCCGAGCGUGGUGUCGGCGGUGAAGCAGCGCAUGCAGAGCGUCGGGGACGCGAUGCGGAACACGAGCAUCUAUCAGCUGUACGACAAGGCCAAGUCGAGGGGCAAGGCGCUGCAGAGGGCGAGGAGCACCAUGGUGCUCUUCGAGUAUGGCUUGUACGCGUUGGCGCUGGUUGUCGUGUACUUUGUGUUCGUUGGCUUGCCGCUGUGGAAGGGAUGUGUGUAUUGGCUGUACUGGGUUGUGAGUCACAAGUUCGUGAUUGCGGGGGGGUGGUCCAUCACGCUUGGGCUGGGCUUGCUGCUUGCGUUUUUACCUUUGAGCGUUUUGUUCGAAAAGGAGCCUCCUGAGCGGGUGCACGCCGAUGCUGAGAUGACUUCGGGGGUCAGCGACACGGCCUUGCUUAUCCCGUGCUACAAGUCGGCAACUCUCAUCGGCAAGACGCUCGAAGCGGCUCUGAAGACCUUCCCUCCUUCGCAUGUCUUCGUCAUAGCCAACGGAAACUCUCCCACGCCUUUGGACGAGACCGAGGAAGUGUGCUUGCCUUACGGCGUCAACCACAUCUGGAGCCCGGUUGGCUCGAAGAUCGUGGCCCAGUUUGUGGGCGCGUACGCCGCCAGGGGAUUCAAAAACGUCCUGUUGAUCGAUGACGACUGUGCUCUGCCAUCGAACUUCCCGGUGGUGUCGGAAAGGCUGACUGGAAAGGUGCAAUGCGUGGGCUACUCGAUCAAAUCGGUGGGACCAAACUCUUCUCGGGGAACCUUUUGUCAACAGGCCCAGGACUUCGAGUACAAGCUGUCUGGUCUCCAACGAGCGUUUGCUGGCAAGGUCGGCUCCGCAACCUUUCCCCAUGGCGCCAUAUCCCUCUGGGACCGUGAGUUCCUCAUCAGUACCUUCCAUCAUCACCCCGGCUUCCAGGUCUCCGAGGAUUGGUUCUUUGGACACAGCUGCCGGUCUCUUGGCGGGCGCAUAACCAUGUGCACGUCGGUCUUUGUCGAAACGGAGACCCCACCCGCGCUCUUCUGGACAAGCGGAGGCGGAGAAAGGGGCGGGUUUGGGGAAAUGACGGUGUGCAAGCAGAGGUUCAUGAGGUGGAACUUCUUCUUCGUCGCCGGUGUCUGGUACAACACGAAAUACAUUUUGACGAGCUGGAAGCUGGGUUGGUGGGAGGUCGGUGCAAAGGUCUUCGUUGCCCAAGAGGUUUACGAAUGCCUGUUGUACCUCUUGGCUCCAUUCAUUUUGCCCAUUUCCUUGUUUGUGCGACCCUCCUUUUGUGGAUACCUCAUCCUCGCCACGCUCGCCAUGUACUUUUGCAACUGCAUCAUCUUUAACGAAAUUCAUCUUCGCUUACGAAAAGAGCGUGUAUCUUGGACUGUUCUCAUAUUCUACUACAUGCCAUACAAGUUCGUCCUCACCUUUCUCAACGUCGUAUCGUGCUACUGGGCAAUUUUCAAAUAUGCACGGUACUUUGCGCGUCGCCACUUGAAGAUUGUCGAAGACGAAGCCGCAGUUGAGGUUGUCUUGCGGCUCGCAGAAACACAGCUGGAGCCCAGCACCGAGAAGGCUACCACUGCUACAAGCGAAGGACAGGAGAGGCGAAUGACAGUUGCAGCCAUUUCGUUUCAACGCGCUUCUAUGCGGACUUCGAUGCGGACGUCUAGAGUGGAGAGUGGCUAG